AUGCCGCUCUUAUUCCUUGGAGACCGCUCUGGAUCGUCUUCUGGUCCCAGCGAGACAAACGACGCCAACUAUGUCGCCAGCGAACUAGACCGUAUAGAAAGUCAAAAACACGAGAGGAAGGCACUCCUCAGAGGAAGUGAUAACCACAUCUUGACCGGAGAUAACGACCGAGAAGAAGUAAUAGCACAAGCCCUGGAACCUCAACUCCAGCAAAUCCUCCGGACCACUCGUCGCAUCAUGCGUCAGAUCCGCUCUCUCAUCAUUCGCCUCUUAAUCUUCUUUAUCCCGAGCUUUCUGCAAGAUCGUUUCACCGGCCGACAUGGCAGCAGCAGCUCCUCCCACGUCAACAGCACUAACAACAACCUGGGCCCGACUGCCUACCUGGAUGGCAUCCGCGGCGUGGCAGCCCUCUUCGUCUUCUUCUGCCACCUGCUCUACACCUGCUUCGAGAUCGCCCCAGGCUACGGCACCAGCGGCGACCACUAUAACCCGCUGCUGCUGCCGUUCGUGAGGCUGUGGUUCUCCGGGCCGCCGAUGGUCUGCGUCUUCUUCGUCGUGUCGGGGUAUGCGCUCAGCCUAAGGCCGCUUAAGCUGCUGCGCUCGAAGAGGUGGGGGGAGUUUGCGGGGACUAUGGCAAGUCUGGCUUUUCGGAGGUUUUUUCGGCUGUUCCUGCCGACUGCUAUCUCGACGCUGAGCGUUGUGUUUCUGGUGAGGAUUGGGGCGUAUGAAUGGACGAGGGACUUCGCGUAUGAUGAAUUUAUCAUGCGCAAUGUGCAGGAGAUUCAUUACGAUAGGCGGCCGACCACGCGGGAGCAGCUUGUUGAGUGGGCUUGGGCGAUGUUCAACUUUAUUCAUAUCUGGGAUUGGGAUGCGUUCGGCGGCAGCACUAAGAUUGACGUGCAUCUAUGGACGAUUCCGGUCGAGUUUCGCGCGUCCAUGAUGCUCUUUAUGACCAUCAUCGCGACCUCACGCCUAAGGACGGGUGCCCGAUUCGCGGUUGUCGGCGCCAUCAUGCUGUUCGCAUACCGCGCUUCCCGCUGGGAGAUGAUGCUCUUUUAUGUCGGCAUGCUCCUUGCCGAACUGGAUCUCAUCCGUGGCAUACACGACCCAGCUCCAGCUCCAGCUCCAGCCCCAACGUCGCUGCUCUCAUCGUCAAUUUCGCUGGCUCCGACGCCGUACCCGACGCCAAACAUCUCUCGGGCUCACUCACCCCUCUCAUUUACCCUUAAACCGGCAUCGUCGUCAAGUGUUCUUUGCCUGCCAGCGCUCAAGCAAGAGGAGCCAGAGCACCAGCUCAAAGAAGCUGAAGAAGCAAAACCCCAACCAUCAUCUCCUCCCCGCCGCCGCAAUCCAAACCCGUACACGUCCUUCCCUCAAUCACUCAUUUGGCCCUCCAUCUCCAUCCUCGCCCUCUACCUCAUGUCCCAACCGGACAUUGGCUCCGACGAAACCCCGGGCUACGAGACACUCGUCCAUCUCCUGAUCCCUUGCUGGUGGGGCAUCGACGUCUCGGACCCUGACCGCUCGGACGAAGCUCUCCACGGCAACUGCCGCGAGGCAGCACGCAACCACUACCGGUACCUGCAAUCUCUGGGUGCCGCGCUCUUCGUGGCGGCAGCCGCCCGCUGCGCGUGGUGGCAGAGGAACGUGUUUGAGAGCCCCGUGGCGCAGUACUUGGGGAGAAUUAGCUACGCGGUGUAUCUGUGCCACGGGCCAGUGAUGCAUACGCUAGGGUAUGCAGUAGAGAGAUGGGUGUGGCGGUUGACAGGGACGCAGACAACGGGGAGGUAUGUGGGCGGGUUUGUGGUGGCGUGUGGGAUUGUGGUGCCGUUGGUGCUGUGGGUGUCGGAUGUGUUCUGGCGAGUGGUGGAUGUGCAGUGUGUCAAGUUUGCUAAGUGGUUGGAAGGGAAGUGUACAAUUGAUGAGGGGAAGAAGUGA